ACGAUCGGACGGUCAGGAUCGGACUCAGCGAGGAGAAGAGGAGAAAAAUCUCGAGAUGAAAUGGACGCGUAACCUGACUCCGAUUCGGAUCCCCCACCGGCGAGAUGGCACGCGGAUCCGCCGCCGCGGCGAUCGCCGGAGUUGUGUGGGUGCUUCUCCUCCUCGUGGGGGUGGCGUCGGGGGCGCGUCUUCCGGGCGGGAGCGGGGGUAACCGGGGGCGGGAGCCGCGCGGGGGAGCGGCGGCGGCGGCGGUGGCCACGGAGACGGCGGUGUUCGCGCUGGGAAGCUUCUGGAGGUCGGAGGCCGCGUUCGGGUGCCUCCCCGGCGUGAUCCGCACCUCCGUCGGCUACGCCGGCGGGUCCAAGGCCCGCCCUGAGUACCGCAACCUCGGCGACCACGCCGAGUGCGUCAAGGUUGAAUAUGAUCCCCGGUUGAUUCAGUACAAGAAACUUCUAGAGGUCUUCUGGGCAAGUCAUGAUCCACGAGAGGUCUUUGGGCAAGGACCAGAUGUUGGCAACCAAUACAGAUCCAUCAUCUUCACAAAUGGAUCCGUGGAAGCUAGAUUGGCUGGUCUUAGCAAAGAAAAAGAACAAGCUAAGGAUCGCCGCAGUGUCAUUACCACACAGAUCCAACCAAUAGGUGCAUUUUAUCCGGCUGAACCGGAACAUCAGAAAUUUGAGCUGAAGCGCAAGCCGUUUCUCCUGCAACUGAUUGGGAACCUGCCCGAGGAGGAGCUCCUGACCUCAACACUAGCUGCAAAGUUGAAUGCAUACGCUGCUGAGCUCUGCUCCCCAAAUACCCAGAACAGAAUAAACUCCAAGAUUGAUGAGAUUGCUAAGAAAGGAUGGCCCAUCCUAAGAGACAUUUAGCUCGGUGUUCCUGGGUUUUACAUAUUAAUAUAUCAUUAUCCAAUUGUGCAUGAUUUUGCCGCAAAUCUUGUCCAGAUGACUGGUUGUGGUCAUUCCUUGGUCGCAGCAAUCACUAAUUAGCGUUCAUGUCCUCCUCUGCUCAUUUUGAGAUCUCUCUAAUAGAAUCUGCAUGUAUAUCCAAACUUUCGAGUUGUGUGAUGUGACCUGAAAUCCUGAAUUUAUGAUUGGUUCUUACAGAACAGGUGCCGAAAUUGUAUAUUGUUACUCUGGCUCUUUUAUGUGUAAAAAUAUAUGAUGUGGAUUCAUUACAUUCUUAAUCAAAAACACUUAUUCC